AUGUCAAACGGGAUUAAAAUGAUUGUCAGUGAGGAUUUAGGCGAUUCUUUCGUCGCGAUCUCUCGGGAAAUUAAAAUUUUCAGUGAACAAGAAAUUAUCCACGAAGCGUAAAUAGCUGCUAGUAUUUAAGCGCUUGAGCAGUAACUGUUUACAUUGGCGUGACAUGCAGUUUUAAUUGAAUUAGAAGAAUGGCCGAUAGUUUAGAAGACGGCGAUAAUGAUGAGUCUAUAUCGAAUCGUCAUCGAAGAGAACGCAAGGAUUUGCAAGCCAAAAUUCAAUCUCUCAAGAAAAGUGCGUCGAAGGGUGACAAGAAGAAACGAAAGGAAGUUCUUGAGGAGAUAGCGAAGCUUGAAAUCGACUUGGACAAGAAGCACGCCAAGAAUUGAGAAUUGAACAAUGCGAAAAGUGCGCAGACGACCGCCGACGCACAAUCCAAUGUCGUCGAACCUCUUCCAGACAGCGAGACCGGAAUAGAUAGUCAACCACAAGUGCAAUCACGAGUAACAAAAGCUCAGAAGCGCCGCGACAAGAAAGCCAAAGAAGAACGCGAGCGCGAGGCGGAGAUCCAGGCGCAAGAGGAGCUCAACAAGAAUGGUCCGCGGAUUGUUGAGUUGCAGACAAUCUUGAAGAAACUAUCAGAGCGCGGUCUCGCCCUCCACUCGAUCCCCUCCGACGGCGAUUGCUUAUACAAUGCAGUUAUCCAUCAGUUGGAUGUGACUGGACGCAAAAUGCACGAUGUCCGCUACCUCCGCAACGAAACUGCCAAUUAUAUCGUAGAAAAUAAGGACACUCUCAUCUGCUACAUGACCAAUCCAGAGACUGGCGAUCUGCUCACCGACGAGGAAUUCUCGAAAUACUGCGACUCGAUACGCGACACUCCGGCGUGGGGCGGCCAGGUGGAAAUCAAGGCACUCUCGCAUGUCCUGCACGUUCCGAUCGAAGUUCUCCAGGCUACCGGGCCGCCCACAAUCCAGGGAGAAGGCGAGUUCCCAGGUCCUCCACUAAUCCUAACGUACCACCGCUUGAUGUACAGCCUCGGCGAGCACUACAACUCGACGAAGAAACAAGGCAUCGUCACAGAGGAUGCCAACGACUCCAGUCAAAAUGUUAUUUGACAAACUUCUCCGAUAUUAACUAGCGAAAUUCAGGUGAAACAGUGGCGAGAGCAGCUCUUCGAACUCCGUGGAAAUGUCUGAAACUAUUCGAGGCCCAAUGUGUUCGUUUUGUAAUUCGAAAGCGCAAUUUAGAGAACGUAAAUAUCAUCAAGUUUUGAGUUGCAACGGACGAAAGUUCGUUACAUAAAGUCGUAUCCACCUUAAAUUUAAGAGAAAAUCAGUAAAAAGCUUUUAUUUUUAUUUGUACAGGGAUUUCCGCAAAAUAUAUCAUGGAAUAAUUCGCA